CAGCCGUUUAUUGCACCGUCCUCUGCGGGCAGCUUGGGCUCCCAUCUCCCUUCUCCCCGCGGCCGGGGAGCUGGAGGCCGGCCAAGCUCCUGCUCGAACCCUCACGCUUCGGUUUAUUGUCCACUUGCAACAGAGCCGAGCGAGCUAAGGGAGGGAUUUCUGUAUCCCAAAAAAUCACGGAUGCUGAGUAAUGGGGAAAAAAUGCAAGAUGGAGAAGCCAGAGCAGCACCCCUGGGAAAACCGUUCCUGAGGGUUCCUACCUAAACCGCGAUUUCUGAAGCUGAUUUUGAAGAGAACGAACCGCGAAAAUAAAGUGCGGUAAAAACCAAAAGUUUUGAGAAAGCGAGUUCUGACAAACCUGGUCCCCUGCUUGUGGUUUACUCGGUCGCGACACGGUCACGAGGAGGUUUCGCCGGCGAACCUGUGCUGGGAGUGUCUCGCAAGCGCUUCCUCCUCCUCCGCCCCCGUCCCUCCCCGAGCGUUCAUAAGCUCUGCCCCGGCCUCGUUUCAUCGAUUCUCUGACUCACCGCGGUCGGAGGAGGUUGUCCCGUCCCGUCCUGGCCUGGCCGAGCCGCUCCCGAGCCUAUUCCGAGCCUGUCCGCUCCGUGCCCGCUCCGUGCCCGCUCCGUGCCCGCUCCGUGCCCAUCCAUCCCGCUCCGCUCCCACCGCGCACGAUGUUCUGCACCCCCCGACGGCUCUGCCUCUUCCUCCUGCUGCUCCUCGCGAGAGCUGCUUUUGGAACUGAUGCAGCAGCACUGAGUAGGAGGGACGAUUUGGAUCCCUUGGACCCAAGUGGGGGAGGGACAUAUUUGUACUACGUGCCAGAAAAAGGUCUCCACUGCCAGCUGUGUCCUGCAGGCACCCACCUUGUAAAGUCCUGUGAAGAAGAAAAUGGCUCCAGCACGUGUUUGCCCUGCAAGGCUGAGGAAUUCAUGGAUUACCCGAACGCCUUCCACUCCUGCCAUGAAUGUCUGAAGUGCAGGGAAGAUCAGGUGGAGCUGAGUCCCUGCCAGGCCACCAAGAACACAGAGUGUGCCUGCAAGGAGGGCACCUUCUGCGACCCAAAGCUCCCCUGUGAGAUGUGCCACAAGUGCCAGACCCGGUGUCCCGAGGGCCAGGUGGUGCUGUCUCCCUGCACUCCUUACAGUGAUCUCCAGUGUGGUCCUGCCCAGGGCACUGGCUUCAACUACCUCUGGAUUAUCAUCCUGGUGGUGAUCCUGAUCCUGUUCGUGCUUGUGCUCCUCAUCUGUAAGUACUGCUGCUGUUCCCCAGGGAAGGGGAGGAACCUGACGUCCUACAGUUUGAAGGAUGCAAGCAACCUGAUGCAAAAGCUGAGCUGGUGUGGGAAGGGGAACAUGGGGACACAGGACAACAACCUCAACGAGCAGCGCUCCCGGGAUCCACCACUCCCCAGGGCCGAGGAGUCAGAGGAGAUGCUGCCGAUUGCCCCUUCUCCCAGGCCGAGACCCAGGAGGGAUCUGGUUCCACAGACAGGGAAAGAACCCAUUCUGGCGCUGCGAAGCACUUUUUACAUCUUUGCUGGAAUGAAAUUCAUCUACUGGAAGAAAUUCGGCCGAAGCCUCAACAUGCUGGAGAACGAUCUGCCCUUCGACCGGUCACAGGACGCCUUCUAUGAAAUGCUCAACAAGUGGCUGGAGAGAGAAGGCUCCAAAGCCUCUGUGAACACGCUGCUGGAGACCCUGGACCAGCUCGAUCUCCGUGGGGUUGCAGACGACAUCUCCUCCGAAAUCAUCAAGAAGGGAUUAUUUAAAUCCGAAGGAGCUGAAGAGCAAGGGGGGCCCUGCGACUCCGUUCCUUGACCUAAAGCUGUGAACUACCUCCUGGGACACACGAAUUGUAGCUGCUGAUAGCUCUGCCAUUGCAGAGCUCAGCUCAGC